UUCAGAGCUAUAUACUCAAGUAUUUAUAGAUGAAAUAAUGACUCUGGGAUUGGCUUUGAAACGAUAGUGUGGAGGGUGAGAAUGGGUAGGGUAGAGAGUAAACAAGAUUGACCAACAGUUAAAAUUGUUGAAGCUGGGUGAUAGGUAAAGGAGGUUUCAUUAUCCUGUUCCUCUACCUUUGUAUAGUUAGAACAUGUCCAUAAUAAAAGGGAAAAAAAAAAAGCCCACCAGCUCAGUCAGUUGGCCAGUCCUGAUUCCAGCUGUUCCUGAGUUUAACUUUGGACUGUGGAGCAUGCUCUUGAAAUCACACAGCUAGCGACUGGAAGGGCUAGGAUGGUAAUUCACAUAUGUCUGGCCCCAAAGCUCAAGGCCUUAACAUCUGACUCUGUAGAAUUUCUGUCCCUCUGUGGCUUAGACUAUUGUGGGAUUGUUGAGAUUGAGAGUGUAUAGGGUUUUACAAGCAGCCAUAAUAGAAACAUGGGGAAAUGGGGGCAACAACAAAAUAAGGACCAAGUCAAAACCAAAACAUCAGAGUUAGUCUUCCUUGGAAGGAGGGAACGUCCCUGGGUGAAAGAAGAGAGGGUAGAAAGAUUGCACACGUCCCACCUAAACCUUGUUGGGCUUUUCCUGUCCAUCCCCCCACCCCGGGUUUUGUAUUUAGAGAGACCUGGGUUUAAGUAGCUUGGCCUGUCACUAACUGUGAGUUUACUGUUCUGUGCCUCGGUGUCUUUACCUCAUCUAGUCUGGGGGAGGAUCACAUAAGCUCUUAAAUGUUAAUUUGGAAGCAUAGAAAUUAGAAAGCAGAAGCAUAAUUAGUUCGCCAGGAUCCUGAGAAUCCCGAAGCUGCGUUGGGGAUUGUGUAUUUGGAAUGUCUUAUGGUCUGGAUACCCCUGUCUUGCUUUUCCAGCCCUAGCACAUUCUCCAGCAUUUUCUCCAGGACCUAGGGCAGCCUUACUUACAUUUGGAAUUACCAUUUAGUCUCAGUGAGGACGAUCAGGGCUCUAAGGGCGGUAAUUUUCCCAGCUGGCCAUGUUUGAGUUUGUUAUGUGGCUUGAUAGCCAAAGGUAGCUGGAGAAGAUCCUUCGUAGGUGGGUCCAUAGAAAAGUCCAGCCAGACAGCUGGAGGCCAACUUCAACUUCGCCAUCUUUGAGAUUGGAAGGAAAAGGUGACAUUGCUUGUCCUUUCUGAAGGAAGCACCACAUUUUCUUUCCCUUCUACCCCAUUUACCCCUUAACCCUAACCUGCUCCCCUUUCCUCACUAAAUCUAAGUCUUGUGACACACAGGGCUCAGUCCUGGCAAAUGUGGUUCUUUUCGCAAACCUUUGAAGAGUUCCUGGCAAAUGCACUUGGUUGAACUGCUUGGUCACCUGGGAAGUAUUUAGGAGUCACACCUUGUGGACUUUGAUCCCUGGUGUCCAGCUCACUUGCCCCCACUGCGUGUGACCUGUCCACUUGCUGGGGGCUUGGGUGUGAGUGAGCUGCUGGCCCAGGGAAGCUCAGCCAGAGGGAGCCCUGAUUUACGAACUGUCUGGAUUUAACUGAGGCUACAGCACUUUUAUUAAUAGAACAUGCUGCAUUUCCUUUUUAUAAAAAUAUGAAGAUCAUUGCACUCAGGAAAAUGCCUGGUGACUUUCUGUCUUUAGGGCAUGUUCAUCACCGGGCUAAAAUUAAAAGUGAAGUCAGGCCCUUCUUGAGUCUAUUUUUAACUGAGUUUAGCAUAUGAAUGUGAACGUGAAGUCUUUCUUUAGAUCUCCCUUAACUCAAUUACUUACUUAUGCUAAGCAUCCCGCCUGGAAUUUGGGUCUACCUACAGUGGGAGGCCCAGAGGGGGAUAACUCUGCUAUCUUAGUUUGUGUGUCUUCACCCAUCCCAGCUUCACUUAUAUCUGGACAGUUAAGGAGGCGUUAGUCAUUAUACUGAAAUAAUCAUCAUCAUCAUAACACGAGAAAAAAAGAAAACCAACCAACCCACCAACCUAAUGGCCGUUCUGUGAUGUGUAGAUAUCAAGUAACCCCUAAUUGUGCUGCCAAGCUCCUGGACAAGAACCCGUUCUCGGUCAGUAACCCGAACCCUCUGCUUCCUUCGCCCGCCAGUCUCCAGCUGGCCCAGCUACAAGCCCAGCUCACCCUCCACCGGCUGAAGCUGGCACAGACAGCUGUCACCAACAAUACCGCAGCCGCCACGGUCCUGAACCAAGUCCUCUCCAAAGUGGCCAUGUCCCAGCCUCUCUUCAACCAGCUCAGGCAUCCGUCUGUGAUCAGCGCCCCCCAGAGCCAUACGGGGGUGCCUCAACAUGCUGCAGCCAUGCCCAGCGCCCGGUUUCCCUCGAAUGCCAUUGCCUUCUCACCCCCUGGCCAGACGCGAGGCCCGGUACCCUCUGUGAGCCAACCCCCCAAUGCCGUAGUGAUGCAUCCUUUCAGUGGAGUCCUGCCUCAGACCCCUGCCCAGCCAGCAGUCAUCCUGGGCAUUGGCAAGACUGGGCCUGCCCCUGCUGCGGCGGGAUUCUAUGAGUAUGGCAAAGCCAACUCCAGCCAGGCAUAUGGCUCUGAAACAGACAGUCAGCCCAGCUUCCUGCCAGCCACGGCCUCUACCACGGGCAAUGUGACCUAUGAAGGGCAUUACAGCCACUCAGGGCAAGAUGGCCAAGCUGCCUUUCCCAAGGACUUCUACGGACCCAACUCCCAAGGGUCGCAUGUGGCAGGUGGAUUUGCGGCUGAGCAGGCCGGGGGCAUGAAAGGCGAGGUAGGUCCGCUGCUGCAGGGUCCAAACAGCCAAUGGGAGACCCCCCACGGAUUCUCUGGCCAAAGCAAGCCCGAUCUUACAGCAGGCCCUAGCCUGUGGCCUCCACCCCCCAGCCAGCCCUAUGAGCUCUAUGACCCCGAGGAGCCCACCCCAGACAGGACCCCUCCUUCUUUUGGGGGUCGGCUAAACAACAGCAAACAGGGUUUCAGCGGUGCCCGGAGGCGGGCCAAGGAGGAGCAGGCGAUGCUGUCCGUGCGGCCCCUGCAGGCUCAUGAGCUGAAUGACUUUCACGGUGUGGCUCCCCUUCACCUCCCACACAUCUGUAGCAUCUGCGACAAGAAGGUGUUUGAUUUGAAGGACUGGGAGCUACAUGUGAAAGGGAAACUACACGCUCAGAAAUGCCUGGUCUUCUCUGAAAAUGCUGGCAUCCGGUGUAUACUCGGUUCAGCAGAGGGAACGCUGGGUGCCUCUCCCAACAGCACAGCCAUUUAUAAUCCUGCUGGGAACUCUGAAGAUUAUGCUUCAAACCUUGGAUCAUCGUAUGCGGCCAUUCCAGGAAGGUCAUUUGCUCAGUCAAAUCCUGCAUUUCCUUCGGCUUCCCCGGGGACAAACUUUGCACAGCGGAAAACGGGUGCUGGCCGCGUGGUGCACAUCUGCAAUCUCCCUGAAGGAAGCUGCACGGAAAAUGAUGUCAUUAACCUGGGGCUGCCUUUUGGAAAGGUCACUAAUUACAUCCUCAUGAAAUCUACUAAUCAGGCCUUUUUAGAGAUGGCUUACACAGAAGCUGCCCAGGCCAUGGUCCAGUAUUACCAAGAAAAAUCUGCCAUGAUCAAUGGUGAGAAGUUGCUCAUUCGGAUGUCCAAGAGAUACAAGGAAUUGCAGCUGAAGAAACCCGGGAAAACGGUGGCUGCCAUCAUCCAGGACAUGCAUUCCCAGAGGGAGAGGGACAUGUUCCGGGAAGCAGACAGAUACGGCCCAGAAAGGCCACGGUCUCGCAGUCCGGUGAGCCGGUCACUGUCCCCGAGGUCCCACACGCCGAGCUUCACCUCCUGCAGCUCUUCCCACAGCCCUCUGGGCCCCACCCGCACCGACUGGGGCAACAGCCGGGACUUGUGGGAGCACUCGCCCUAUGCCAGAAGGGAGGAAGAGCGAGAUUCGAGCCCCUGGAGGGAGAAUGGAGAGGACAAGAGGGACAGGGCAGACGCGUGGCCACAUGAUCGCAAACACUACCCCUGGCAACUGGACAAAGCGGAGUUAGAUGAGCGGCUGGAAGGAGGGAGGGGCCACCGAGAAAAGCACCCAAGGCCCGGGUCCCCCAGCCCGCUGCACUCUGCCUCGGGCUACAAAAGCCGAGAAGACAGCUACUACCGGAAGGAGCCCAAAGGCAAAUCGGACAAGUAUGUAAAGCAGCAGCAGGAAGCUCCCGGGAGGUCCAGGAGGAAAGAGGAGGCCAGGCUGCGGGAGAGCAGACACCCCCACCCCGAGGACUCAGGCAAGGAAGACGGGCUGGAGCCGAAGGUCACUAGGGCCCCUGAGAGCGUCAAGUCUAAGCAGAGUGAAAAAAACAGAACCAAGAGACCUGAUAGAGACCAAGAAGGAGCUGAUGAUAGAAAAGAAAGCAGAAUGGCGGGGAAUGAGGUAACGAUGCAAUCUCUUCCCCAGGCUGGAAAAGAGGAGCAGGAGGGCAUGGAAGAAAGCACCGCAUCAGUGGGCAGGCAGGAGAAAGAAACAGAAUCCUCUGAUGCAGAGGACACAAGGACAAAGGAGCAAGACUGGGAGAGUGGAAGUGAGGCAGAAGGGGAGAGCUGGUAUCCCACUAACAUGGAAGAGCUGGUUACAGUGGACGAGGUUGGGGAGGAGGAAGAUUUUAUUAUGGAACCAGACAUCCCAGAACUGGAAGAAAUUGUGCCCAUUGACCAGAAGGACAAAAUCUGCCCAGAAAUAUGUCCCUGUGUGACGUCCACCUUAGACCUGGACGUAACCAAGGAUUUCACCAACGAGUGUGUGAAGCCCAUAGGUAACGGGGCUACAGAACUCAGCCUCAAGUCACCCAAAGAUCUGCCUUCUGCUUCCACGAGCUGUCCCAGUGACAUGGACGUGGAAAUGCCUGGCCUAAAUCUGGACGCUGAGCGGAAGCCAGCUGAACGUAAGACAGACCUCUCACUGGAGGGUUCAGAUUGCUACGAGAAGCAGGCAAAGGGAGGGGAGAGCUCCGAUGUUCAUCCGGCCCCUCCACUCCAGCAAAUGUCUUCCCCCAAGCCAGCAGAGGAGGGGACCCGGCAGCCUAGCCCACCUCUCGAUGACUGCAAGGCCGGGGGGCCCCCCGAAGAUGGGGCAUGUGAAGGCGGUCCCCUGGAGGGGAAAGCCAGCCCCCGCACCGAAACUGACCUCCAAAGCCAGGCUUGCCAAGGAGUGUCCACCCAGGAAAACUCCAGGUACAUGGAAGUAAAAUCUUUGGACGUGAGGUCACCGGAAUACACGGAAGUGGAGCUGAAACAGCCCCUCUCUUUGCCUUCCUGGGAGCCCGAGGAUGUGUUCAGUGAACUUAGCAUUCCCCUAGGGGUGGAGUUCGUGGUGCCCAGGACUGGGUUUUACUGCAAGCUGUGUGGGCUGUUCUACACCAGCGAGGAGAUGGCGAAGAUAAGCCACUGUCGCAGUGCUGUUCACUACAGGAACUUACAGAAGUACUUGUCCCAGCUGGCCGAGGAGGGCCUCAAGGAGACCGAGGGGGCAGGCAGCCCAAGGCCCGAGGACAGCGGAAUCGUGCCACACUUUGAGAGGAAGAAGCUCUAGGCCCCUGCAGCGGCUUCAGCCGGGAGAGGACAGCCUUCUGAGGCGGGGCCUUCCUGACAUCCUGGACAGGAGCCAAAGCCUGGGAGGAAGGCAAACCAGGCCGCCUGAGCUUUUUCUCGGAGACUCAUGAAAUCGCCCCUCAAGUGUCUCCCUGGUGAGAGCUGUCACCUCGUGUGUCCAGCGGCCGAGCGCUACCCUCUCUCUCCCCGUUGAUUCUUGUUUCCUUCAAUUUGCUUCUCUUCUUUCCCCUCCUCCUCUCACCUUCUGUGCCAAGGGUCAUUUAUUUUUCAUAAAACCCAACUUCUCAGGGAUUUUCACAGUGUCCAAAUUCUUGGUGGCCAGCCGGAUCAACCAAGGAAGAGAUCUCACAGAAACCCCUGGGUCAAGAACCACUUCGGGGAGCCUGGAGCAUUUUCCCUGCCUGGCAUUCUGAGCAGGGGAGCCGAGUCGGGCCCUGCAGUCCUGGAGAGGGGGGCACCCUAGACCAUCCGUUGGCAGAAGCUGGGAGUUUCUCCAGCGGGACCACUUUUGCGAAAAGCCCCCAUUUUUAAUAACUCUUUCAUCCUCUCAACUAUUCUAGAAGCCCAUCAGAUUCAUGCCUUAAAAUAAAGUUAAUGAAUUUCACAGAGGAGGAAAACCACUCUUCAUUUUGGAACCUCUGUUAAGUCCCCCCCACCGCCCACCGCCCCACAAAGUUAGUUCUGUCCUCAGGAUUUCAGGAGGUACCAGGGUUGGUUCUGUUCCAGACAAUGAAUUUGGUGUAGAUUCACUUCAAUAAAAAAUUAAAACAGUAGUGUCUUUUCCCUUCAGCUGAGACCGUAGUUGGUGUGGGCUUGGGUCAGAUGCUGGCCUCCCAGCCAUGGGUCAUAUUGCUUGAGAGACACGUAAUAAGGAAAUGGUAUCUGUCUUUGACUCGCUCUUGGUGCCUGCACUCUGGGCCCCAGCAGCCUCUCAGUGGGAUGGUUUCUAAAAUGGUCUUCGCGGGUGGGGGGCGGUGGAGAAGCUAAGGAAAGAGCAAGGCUGCAGGACUGAAGAGCAGCAUUUCAGGAUUGCCAAGUAUUUAUAGGUGGGCAGGAGGUCAAGGGCAUUUCAGAGGACCCCAUGUGCAGACUUUGAUGUGGAGUGUUAUGAAGAACAGAACUUUUCUUCCUGCAUGGUUUUCUGAUUCUAGAGGUCAGUGCCUUCAGGCCCGAGACUAGAGGGUCUGAUAUUCCAUUGGGAGCAUUUGGGACAGAGGUGUUAGGCUUGGCCACAGCUGUAGGGAAGACCUCAAGAAGGUAAGAGGGGAGCCUUGUGCUGUUUCCACAAGCUAAUAAGCUACUUCCCUGGCUCAGCCCCUAGAAGAUGGUUCCUAUGUUUCUAUUCCUGACCACAGAGAGAGAGAGAGAGACCAGGAAGGGAUUGUUUGUUUUCUAUUAUUUUUUGCAAUUGUUAUAGUAGGUGAGAUUUUUUUAUGGUAGAUACCUAUGCUGCACAUUCUGUCCUCUGCACUAAUGGUGAAAGAAUAGAAAAAUCAUCUGAGUUUGACACUGACAUUUUAUCAGUAAGUCUGAGGCACGGAGAAGAAAGAAAUGUAGAAUAUAAAAUGUAUAAAAUGAUCCUGCGUAAACCUUGGGGCACAUGGUCACUGGUGAGAAGAGUUGCGGGGAACCUGUCAAAGAGAACAGUGAAGGAAAGUACCCGAGGCAGACCAGCCAGCCCCUGGGCAUGAGCAGUGAGAGGCUGGAGGAAGCAGGAAGCCUGACCUUGGCAUCAGGCCAUCUGGGGGCCUCGGAAAGGUUGGUGUCUCCAAGAGAGUGGGCUCUGAAAAUGGUGGCUCAGCUCUAGCUGCCUCCACAGGUUUUUACCUGGUGUUCUGGAGACCAGCCUCCUCCAUUUCUGGGAAAACCCCUGGCCCUAUUUGUCUUUCCUCCCACCUGGGGGAUGUCUAGGGUCAGCUCCCUGGCCUCCUCGGGAACCUUGCUGGGAAAAGCCUACCACCUCCAUCAGAGGCUGGAACUGAGCAUUUUCAGAGAAGCUGGCAGUCUUUUCUCCCAGCAAAGUGGAAGCUGACCCCACCGGCUCAUCCCCGCAGCACUGUUUCCAUGGAAACCAGGAUAGCUGUUCAAACAGCCUCAUUCCCAAGUAGCGCAAUGGCUCCCUUGCUGAUAGACUGACCUUCUCCAUAUUGCAAAUCUGGCAAGAGCCCCUGGGAGGGAGAGAGGAGAGGCUCUCUGCGUUCAAUCAGAACCUUCAGUUUAAAAAUCAUCUAAGAUUCUGUACUGGUGUAUAUAUAUAUAUAUAUAUAUAUAUAUAUACAUAUAUAUUUAUUUCUAUUUAUUUUUAUACAAUUCCAUUGGCAUGGUCCUUUACCCACUCUAUAAUUUGCACUCCUUGUUCCUACAUGUGUCAUACACAAGGCAGUAUUAAAGAAAACCAGGAAAAUACUGAUCUAUUUUUUAAAGCUUUUCUUCAGUGUUUGUCAAACAUUUCAAAGUGUCUCCCCAAAAAGCUUGUUUGAGAGCAGCUGCUACCUUGAGCAACAGAUUCAUUUGUACCCUGGGUUGAGAUACCAAAAGGCCGAUGUACUUUUCAUUGUAAACACCCAAAAUAAAGUAUAUCCAGAUGUUAUUCCCAAAGAAUUUGUUAGAUUUGAUGUUGGUGUGAGAACAGCCAUUACUAUCCGGGUUUCCCUUUCUUGGACAAGUGUAAGGCUGUGAUCUGUUAGAAUGUACUUGAACUGGACCAGAGUUUGUUUUUUGAGCUUAUGAGAAAAAGAAAAAGAAAAACACUAGUUAAGCUUGAACUUGUAAAGUAUUGGAAUUUGUUGAGUGUCUUAUAAAUUGUCAUCGCUUUUCCUGAUCUGUAUAAUUGACCGCCAUGUUUGUUUUUACAAAAAGAAAAAAAAGAUUUUUAAUAAAGACAAUUUGAAAGCUU